AUGGACAACGACGAGGGCACCGAGCCUUUCCCCUCAAUGGAGGAGCAGACCACCGGCCAGAGCGACAAUGCCACCCGCGCGAUCAAGCAGAAGAAGCCUCGGCCUGAGAUUGACUUUACAAUCCACACCAUGGAGGACGGCGCUCAGGUUAACACCCAGGAGCGCGUCUGCAAAGAUGUCCAGGCGCCAGCCAUGUACAAGCCCACAGAUGAACAGUUCUUCACCGACGAGACUCAUACCAAGCCCGACAUAGCGUUCCUUAAGCAGCACUUCUACCGCGAGGGCCGCCUGACCGAGGAGCAGGCCCUGUGGAUCCUCAAGACCGGCACAGAAGUCCUUAGGCAAGAGCCUAACCUGCUUGAGAUGGAUGCACCCAUCACAGUUUGCGGUGACGUGCACGGACAGUACUAUGAUCUGAUGAAGCUCUUCGAGGUCGGCGGCGACCCGGCGGAGACCCGGUACCUCUUCCUCGGUGACUAUGUCGACCGCGGUUACUUCAGUAUCGAGUGUGUGUUGUACCUGUGGUGUCUCAAGAUCCACUACCCCAAGACACUCUGGCUCCUCCGCGGAAACCACGAAUGUCGCCACUUGACCGACUACUUCACAUUCAAGCUCGAAUGCAAGCACAAGUACUCCGAGGCCAUCUACGAUGCUUGCAUGGACUCUUUCUGCUGCCUGCCGCUUGCGGCUGUCAUGAACAAGCAGUUCCUAUGUAUCCAUGGAGGCCUGAGCCCUGAGCUUCACACCCUGGACGAUAUCAGAAAUAUUGACCGCUUCCGCGAGCCACCGACGCAGGGUCUCAUGUGCGAUAUUCUUUGGGCCGAUCCGCUGGAAGACUUCGGGCAGGAGAAGACAAACGAGUUCUUCAUGCACAACCACGUCCGCGGCUGUUCAUACUUCUUCUCUUACCCGGCAGCGUGCUCCUUCCUGGAGAAGAACAACCUGCUCUCCAUCAUCCGAGCUCACGAGGCCCAGGAUGCGGGCUACCGUAUGUACCGUAAGACGCGGACAACAGGCUUUCCCAGUGUCAUGACCAUUUUCUCGGCCCCGAACUACCUCGACGUCUACAACAACAAGGCGGCUGUGCUUAAAUACGAGAACAACGUUAUGAACAUCAGACAGUUCAACUGCACACCGCACCCUUACUGGCUGCCCAACUUCAUGGACGUCUUCACCUGGUCCCUGCCCUUCGUCUGCGAGAAGAUCACGGAUAUGCUCAUCGCCAUUCUUCACACAUGCUCUGAGGAGGAGCUGCAGCAAGAUACUCCGAUGACCAACUCACCAGGCCCGGUCUCGCCGCCCCUGAGCAGUCCCAGCUCCACAAACCCACUCAACGACCCAGAUUCGAUCGAGUAUAAGCGCCGGGCGCUCAAGAACAAGAUCCUUGCCAUCGGUCGCAUGUCGCGAGUGUUUGGUGUUCUGCGCGAGGAGUCUGAGAAGAUUGCCGAGUUCAAGACAGUUUCUGGUGGCCGUCUGCCCGCCGGCACCCUCAUGCUUGGUGCCGAAGGCAUUAAGAGCGCCAUCACCAACUUUGAGGACGCCAGGAAGGUCGAUCUUCAGAACGAGAGGCUGCCGCCCAGCCACGAGGAGGUGCAGCGGCACCGCACAGAGGAGCACCAGCAGGCUCUGGAAAAGGCCACCCGGGAAGCGGAGAACGAUAAGAAGCUUCAGACUCUUUCUCGACGGUUGAGCCAGUCGUAA